CUCCCGGUCGAGUAUUGACAUCAAUUGCUGUGAGGGAUAAUCGAGGGAUGUCAUUUCCCUCCUGUCUACAGUCUCCCUAUAUAUACUAUCGUUCCUGCUACGUCUUGUCUGUGUCUCCAAUCUCUGCUUUUUCCGGUCCCUUCCAUCUACGGUGUCCCUAUAUAACGGUCCCUUCUGUCUACGGUCUAUACGGUCCCAAUCUCCCUGAAACUACGCCCUGGACAUGCUGCAAUAUGCCAAUAUCACGCUCCCUGCUCCCUAGCAGUCGGUCUGAUCUGCUGCCAGUUCGGGGAUAAAAGACCGCUGUCGCCAUCACCAUGGAUCAGCACAUCGCCAUCACAUCAUCGCCAUACUCACCAUCACCGCGUCACAUCCCACACCACCCACCACCACCAUGCGUACCUCCCUCUUCCUUGCUGCCAUCAGCUGUGCUUCGGCCGCCCAGACCCGGCCUCGUGAGGUCUUCGGCCGGUGGCACAAGCCCAGCAACACCUGCGCCUGUCCCGCAGACGCCGUGACCGUCACGCAUACAGUGCCUUCUACAGUGUUUGUUACCAUCGACGGGCCAACGGUGACUGUGGGCGGGACAGUGACGGUGACGGGCGUGACAGUGACGGUGGGCAAGACGCUCACCGAGACGGUGGGCGAGACCAAGACGGUGCCUGUGGUCACCAAGGUCAGGACUCGACCCAGUGUCGUCACCAAGACCAAGACUUUGCCGGGUGGGAUCGUCACCGAGACCAAGACGCUGCCGGGCGGGGCUGUUACUGAGACCAGGACUCUGUCGGGUGAGGUGAUCACCGAGACCAAGACGUUACCCGGGGGCGCUGUCACGGAAACAAAGACGCUGCCCGGCGAGGCGGUCACCGAAACCAAGACGCUGCCAGGCGGUGUCGUGACGGAGACUAGAACCCUGCCCAGCGGAACCGUGACCGAGACCACAACAUGGCCCGGUGGUGUGGUCACCGAGACUAGAACCUUGCCCGGCGACAUAGUGACCGAAACUCGGACCCUGCCCGGCGGCGUGGUUACCGAGACCAAGACAUCCCCCGGCGGCGUGGUUACCGAGACCAGAACCCUGCCCGGCACCGUCGUCACCGAGACCAAGACAUCCCCCGGCGGCGUCGUCACCGAGACCAGAACUACCCCCGCCGUCACAACCGUGACCAAGCCCAAGGGCCACUACUGCCACCGCCGGACGUGCUACAACAGCCACGGUGAACCCGUCUCGACGCUCCCCCCGGACACUACCGGCUGCAGCGCCAGCGCGUCGACGCUGAUCAGCACCGUCUUCACCACGUACACGCAGACGGUAUGGCCGACGCCAAGCGUGGUUCCGAGGGGUGGGAAGGGGAUGGGACUGUUGGGAUAGGCUGUGGACCAUGAGUUUAAGUGAAGACGGGGAGACGGGACAGACAGACAGAGAGACAGACGUAAUGUAAUCAAUUCAGCCUCUUCUCAAAAACCCUCACAUCACACGGCCCCGCCAACAUCGGCGCCAGCUCGGCGUAGUGAGUC